AUGUUGAUAGCUGAGGUGCCUGAUGAACUGAAAGAAUUAUCAAUCGCCGAAUUAAAAUUAAUAUCAGCUUACCGUCAUAGUAGAUGUGUUGCUACGUUCGUCACAAAAAGAUCACGUGAUCCUUCUACUCAACAGUCGAAAACCAAAGGGAGCGCGAUAACCUUUCCACAAGAUGUACCAGAAAUAGUCAGAAAGCUUCCACUAUCGUUAAAUGAUUUUUGUGAUAGCACC